AUGGCUCCCAAGGAAACUGCUGCUGGUAAGGCACCCACUAAAGUCAAGUCUGCUGAUGGCAAGAAGAAGAAGGUCUCUCGUCGUGAAACCUACUCCUCUUACAUCUACAAGGUCUUGAAGCAAGUCCACCCCGAUACUGGUAUCUCCAACAAGGCCAUGUCUAUCUUGAACUCCUUCGUCAACGAUAUCUUUGAACGUAUUGCCUCCGAAGCCUCCAAGUUGGCUGCCUACAACAAGCGUUCUACCAUUUCUUCUCGUGAAAUCCAAACCGCUGUUCGUCUUAUCCUCCCUGGUGAACUUGCCAAGCACGCCGUCUCUGAAGGUACCAAGGCUGUUACCAAGUACACCAGUUCUAAAUAA